AUCAUGUGCGCAAGGUAUACAGUAGGUGGCGGUAAUACUCCUAAGGAGUGAACGGCCAUGAAACGGAAAGAAGAAGAAGAAGAAGAAGAAGAAGAAGAAGAAGAAGAAGAAGAGCACGACCAUGAACACGACGACCUGUCUGUCGUGAUCCAAGAAGUCGAUCGGCACGGAGGAUGUUAAAUCUGUAAAGAUGACUUCCAGGGAAAACGAAGGCGCCCCGGGUACUAGUCAUGCUGAGCUGUUACGAUCAGCCAGGCACUUAAUGUCCUUAUUGACCGAAUCUGAAAGGGGAGGAGGUGCAGCCAGUAGUGAUGUUCCUUGCAGCAGUCAGGAUAUAAGGGAAGGGAGGCAAAUAGGCCAAAAUGAGAGGUCAGGCAAUCAGCCACCAAGACCUUCUAUUCAGAUGGAACAGAGGCAAAUAGGCCAAAAUGAGAGGUCAGGCAAUCAACCACCAAGACCUUCUAUUCAGAUGGAAUUGACAAGGUCGUUUCCAGGUAUGUUCACUAAGGGAAAAGGGAAGAGGCGUUUUCCGGCAGUGAAUCUUGUUCCUGCUAAAAGGCCUAAACCAGUAGAAGUUGCUUUCCACCUUUUGCCAAAACAAUAUGAAAAAACCCCAAAAGAACAAGACCAACUAGUCCACUUGCAGGCAGGACUGGGCCGCAGGACUGUUUAUUUAGAUGAGAGCACAACACAUGAUGAGUUAUGUGAGACACUCAAAGGUGUCUUUCCUCAAUUGGAGGCUGUAACUGGAGGCUGGAUGAUUUACAAAGCAGCAGGAGGAUGGGGUUCCCGAAAGCUCUCCCUGGUGGCACCUGAUCAUACUGGAUACACAGGCAAGAUCGUAAAGGCUGCAAGCCAGGGGGGUAAAUCUCCUCUUUACAUAGCUCCAAUUCAAGACGAACUUAACACUACUCCUUUGCAACUUAAUAAUGAAGUAUUCAGUGACAUGCCCAAGGCAAUGUGCCAAAAGUGUGGAGCAGCCAUUCCACUGCAGCUCCUGAUGGAACACUUGAAGUCUUGCAACAUCAUUGAUGUUGACAAUGAUGAAGAAAACCUGGAUAAUGUGGAGAAUAACAGUGAGCAAGCACCAGCUCAGGAGCCCUGUCCCAUCUGCAUGGAAAUGUUUACUGCUGACUUUAUUGAAGUACAUGCUGCUUCGUGUGGUGAAAGUGAUGGAAUGUAUGAGGUGUUGGAUAGGAGUACUGUUGAAGAGCAAGCAGCAAUGCCUGGACCGUCCAGUAGUGAAAAAGUUACUGAUGAGUGGAUCACGGUACAAGACCCUACCAAGGCCAUGUCUCUGUUUCGGGAUUCUAUUCUUAGCCAUCAUGAAAGUAAGAAUCCCUUACUUCUCAGCAUGGAUAUUAGAAAGAGCCCUGCUGAACAAGACGCUGCGCUCAUCUGCUUCUAUAAGAAGCCGAAAGUGGAAUGGGCACGACCCUUGAAUUGCAGACUUGAAGGUGAUGCAGCCAUUGGAGAGGGUGUGAGUCGCUUUUUCCUCUCAACUUGCAUGAACAAGCUGAAGUCUGGGUUUUGCUUCAACUUUGCAAACACUGCUGUUACACAUCUCUUUGAUGGACAGCCAGGCCAUUUAGUGCCCUCAGCCUCUCAGUUUCUCGUGGAAAGUGACAUGUUCAUCAUGGCAGGCAGAAUGGUGGGGCACUCCUUUGUUCAUGGAGGACCAUGCCUGUCAGGGCUUAGUCCUGCUGUUGUGCAUGUCCUGUUUGGAGGAAGCCCGGAAACUGCAACAGUAACACCAGAGGACUGUCCGGACCUAGACAUCCGUGAAACAAUCAGGCUUCUUGAAGGGGAAUCUGAACUCUCAGACAAGGACAAAACAAGUGUCCAGGAGUUGGCCUACGCUUGGGAUCUCCCUGGCCUUACUGGAAAUAACCGAAGAUGGCUUUUUGAGAAGAUGUUGAUCCAUGCUGUAAUUGGACGUGUCACACGACAAAUCAAACAAUUCAGGCGUGGUCUUAAAGAGACACCAAUGUGGACAUUGCUGACCAAACGACCUGACACAGUGGCCCAGCUUUUUCCACAGGAAAGAGCAGUGGAUUGUAACCCUGCGAUAAUCAUGCAGCACAUUACCUGGCCUCAUGAAGAUGAUGAUGACAACGACGACGAUUAUUCACUUGACACAAAAUGCCGCAUAUCAGGUUAUCUUAGAUGCUUCAUUGAAAAUGCAUCACCUGAUGAAUUGACUGACCUGUUGAAAUUUUGGACAGGGUGGGAGAUUAUGCCAAGGAAUAACAUAUCCAUUGAGGUGGUUAAAGGCAGCUUCCCAACAGCCUCCACCUGUUUUGAGACCCUGCGAAUCCCAGGACAUUACAAGGACUAUGCAUCCUUUAAAAAUGACAUCCUGGCUUGUAUUGGCACUUGCCAAACAGGAUUUGGUCUUGUGUAGGGACAAAGCGGUGGUGAAUAACGUUACUGUUACUGAAUAACGUUAAAUGUUUAAAUGAUUGCGUAUUAAUAUGCUAAAUUACGAAUACAAAGUCCAUUGUUAUGUUUUUUGAUGGACAAUUAUAUUAAAUGGCAUGCAACCUGCUAGCAAUGGCAAUGUAGCAACUUCAAAGUUAAUGUCCCUUUAAAAAACGUUUUAAGGAAAGUUUAGUGUUAUUUUAGUUAUGUACAAAUGCAGUUAAGCACAGAAAUAUUUGGAUGAAGUAUAUUUUGCUGCUUUUCUCAGAUUGCUUCAUCAGUAUUUGUCUGCGAGGUUCUUAUAAUAAAUUUAUCAUUGUGUUCAUGA